GAUCCACACCAAGUUCAUCUUUACUUCUCAAGAGACAAGUCCAAAAUCAAAGACUGCGCAAAAUGGGUGUCAGCCAGCUUUUGAAUUCAGAUGGAAAAAAAGAAGAUAAUCAAGGAUAUCAAGUGGUCACUGUGCAGCCGCAUAUUAUUGUGGCCAACCCUCAACUGAAUGAGCCAAUGCCAGAUCACCUGUGUUACUCCGUUUUUACCAUGCUGUGCUGUUGUUUCCCUCUGGGCAUUGCUGCUUUGGUUUACUCCAUCACAACUCGAGAUGCAAACCAGCUAGGAUACCAACAAAUCGCAAAGAAAAACUCCAGAAUGGCACGCAAACUUAACCAUAUCAGUCUUGUUAUUGGCCUGAUAACGCUUUUGGUGAUUAUCGGCUUUCAUGUUUAUAAUUGGAUCAUGGUUGCAAAACUUGAAAAUCAACAUUUUGCUGAAGAAAUGAAUAUGCAUUUCACUACAGAACAAAUGAACGUAAAUGUUCCAUAUUGACAUUAAGGUCAUUAAACUGUCGAGGCACAACACUUGGAAAAAUGGAAUUCUUUGAAAAGGAAUGUUUAUGGAGCUGGUCUUUGACUUAAUUUUUAUACAGAUGUUUCGAAGUCAAUUAUUUUUGGAACACUGAAAGGUUUAAUUGACAACCUAAAUGUAUCAUAACAAUAUGAUUUUUAUAUACAUUUACGAUUAUAAAUGAUAAAUAACAAAUUUCCUCUGCAUUUAUUCUAAUCAGAUAUGCACUUGCUGUCAUGUUUUUUUUUUUU